AUGUUUUUCUCUUCAAGCGAUCAACGGGAAUCAGAUAACUCGAAGUUACGACCACGGAAAUACUCAAAUAAAAUUCCUCCAUUGCAUAGUAAUGGACCAAUUUCAGCAGAAACAAAACCAAGAGAUGAUCCAUUUGGCUUCAACAGAAGAUAUGGCUUAGACUUGAAUGACCAGAGAAACCUGUUAGAAAAAGGCUCAAGGUAUCCCAGUAGCUCAGCUAUUUGGGACAGAGAUAACCAGUCUCUUGGUGAUUUUGGGAACAUAUUCGGUUUAGGAAAGCACUUUAUUGGCUUUGAUGAAUCUUUUCAUAUGAACGAAAAAAAUGACAGAUAUUUGGUAUCAUAUGUUGAUGCUGGGUUGAAGCAAGAUGAUAUCCAGGUUGACUUUAAUCAGGAGGAGAACGAAUUGAUUAUUUGCAUUGACCACGAAGAUAAUACUGAUACCGGUGCCAGCACCAAAUCUUAUCAGAGUAAAAUGAAAUUUGACAAGCCUAUUAAAGUCGACGAGAUCAAAGCUGAGAUUGAUGAUAAUGGCGUACAGAUGGUGUUGCCAAAAGCCCAUGCCGAUAACGAAAAUUUCCAUCAUAUCCCAAUGAUACACAAGCCACCACUUUCUAGGUUAAGAUAA